UCCUGAGGGGUGGAGUCCGAGUGGCGGCGGCAGCUGCGGUUGCCAGGAGCCCGCGUUGCCGCCGGAGAGACCCGUAAUAUGGCGGGGAGAAGAAGGAGACGGAGGCGGCGGACCGAACUGCAAUCUACCAGAACCAUUUGAGCUGUUUUCUUUCUGACAAGUUCCGUGGCGAGGGAGAAAAGCUGACCGGGCCGUGAGUGAUCAGUGCCUACUGUGUACUAAUCUGUUCUGUGUCGUGGGGAUUCAGUGAACAGACUGGGAAGGUACCUGUUCUUAUGGAGCAUACCUUUUGGAGGAGGAAGACAGAAAAAAACCAAGGAAAUAAACAAGAUAAUUUCAGAUAGUGUGUGAUUGUGGGAAGAUGGAGGAAUAUGAAGAAUUCUGUGAAAAAACUCUUGCCAGAAUCCAAGAAGCAUCACUAUCCACAGAGAGCUUUCUACCUGCUCAGGCUGAAAGUAUCUCACUGAUUCGCUUCCACGGAGUGGCCGUGCUUUCUCCACUGCUUAAUACUGAAAAAAGAAAGGAACUACAACAAGAAAAACAGAAAGCACUUGAUGUAGAAGCAAGAAAGCAGGUUAAUAGGAAGAAAGCUUUAUUGACUCGUGUCCAGGAGAUUCUUGAAAAUGUCCAGGUUAGAAAAGCACGUCAAGCCAGUGAUUUUGAUCAGUGGGAGACUGAAACAGUUUACUCUAAUUCAGAAGUCAGAAACUUGAAUGUUCCUGCUGCGUUUCCAAAUAGCUUGCCAAGCCCUACUGAACAUACUACUUUAGCCGAGUCUGAAAAGACAGCUGAGGUUUUGUCUAUGGAUAAUGGGGACCAACAUAAACUUAAUGGGAUAGAGUUAGGUAGAGAUACAGAAGGAUUUAAUUCUCCCAAGCAGUGUGAUAAUUCAAGUAGCUGCCACACUGACACUGAAACAUCCCCAAAGAUCUCCUCAGCAACACCACAAGGGACUUUGAUUUCUGAUGGUCUGGUCUCAACGACUGAAGAACAAGAUCUACUAGUUUUGGCAGAAGUCACCCCAGACCCCUAUAUAAUGAGUCUUCAGAACCUGAUGAAAAAGUCAAAGGAAUAUAUAGAAAGAGAACAGUCUAGACGCAGUCUGAGAAGCAGUGCAAAGAGGAGUGUCAGCGAGAGUCACUCAGACAAAGAAAAUGAUGCUGCUAAAGUGAGCGACUGUGUGAAGGAGAAAGCCCUGUUGAUAGGCAAACACUGUGGCUCAGUGAUUCCUGACAAACCAAGCCUUAAUAAAUCAAAUGUUCUUCUCCAAGGUGCUUCUUCUCAAGCAAGUAGCACGAAUACAUCUGUUUUAGCUAGCUUUUCUAAAGUAGAUAUUCCUGUACAAACUGGCCAUCCCACUGUUCUGGAUUCUGAGGCUGAUUUUAAAGUUAUUCCCACUUUUAUUACUGAAAAUAAUAUGAUCAAAAGUCUUACAGGUUUAUAUGCCAAAUUACCUAGUCCUGAGCCAAGCGUGAGCCCUAAAAUGCAUCGACGGCGUUCUAGGCCACCAUCGGCAUGUCAUAUACUUAUAAAUAACCCAAUAAAUGCCUGUGAGUUAAGCCCUAAAGGAAAAGAACAAACAGUGGACAUAAUUGUUGCAGAUACUGAUGAAAAAACAAGUGUAUCUGAAACUGUGCCAAAGUUACCAGUUGAUUUAGUAGGAGUUUGUUCAAGCAAGACUUAUGUCAGCAAAAGUGCUACUGAAGUGAUAGAAGAUACGGCCCUAGAUAAAUCAAGUCAGUUGUGUCAGUCUUCAGGAAAUCAGUUAGAAAAUAAAGUUACACAUGGACUUGUUGCUGUGGAAGGUCAGUUAAUAUCUGAGGGCAGAGGAGCACACAAAAUUAAUAGUCCUUGUACUACAGGGCCCAAAUUGCAUGAGCCAUAUGCCACUACCAGUCAGUAUAUAGCAAGUCCAAACUUGGGAACUGUGAGUGGAUUCAAGUCAGUCAGUAUGUUAGAGAAAAACUCCUGCAACUUGCACAUGGAACUGAAUAAGUCUUACAAUGUAAAAAAUCCAUCUCCUUUACUGAUGCAAAACCAGAACACCAGACAGCAGAUGGAUACACCUGUGGUGUCCUGUGGAAAUGAACAGCUUUUGGAUAACAGCUUUGAAAAAAUUAAACAGAGACUUGAUCUAGACCUGGAUGGUUUGCAGAAGGAAAACUGUCCUUGUGUCAUAACCACUGGAAUAGCUGAAGAGGAAAGACAGCAUUUGCCAGAGAAAAGAUACCCUAAGGGAUCUUUCUACAUUCACAAGAAUAAAAUACUAGAAACUAACACCAAAGAAGGUGAGGAGAUACUAAAAAGCAAGAUGUUAGCUUUUGAAGAAAUGCGGAAGAGACUAGAAGAACAGCAUGCCCAGCAAUUAUCACUGCUCAUAGCUGAGCAGGAAAGGGAGCAGGAAAGACUGCAAAAGGAAAUAGAAGAACAGGAGAAAAUGUUAAAAGAGAAGGAGGUGAUUACAGCGGAAGUCUCUGAAUUGAACAUUAACAAUACAGUAGAUUUAGAGUGGAGAAAAAUAAGUGACUCUGGUUUGUUGGAAACAAUGCUGUCUCAAGUGGACUCAUUCCGCACUUCAAAUUCACAUAGUUCUGGUUUAGCAAAUUCUGGCCUGCAGUAUAGCUGUGGUUCUGCAAAUGAAGUACCUUUCUACCUCUGGGGAUCCUCAACUAGUGGCAUGACCAAACUCUCAGUACCAAGGUCUUUUGGAAGGGGCCAACCUAGAUGGUCUCAGGUUUUUAAUCCAGAAGUACAAGCAAAAUUUAACAAAAUAACUGCCAUGGCAAAGGGAUUUCUUACUCGUAGGCUUAUGCAGACAGAUAAGCUGAAGCAGCUUCGACAAACUGUAAAAGAUACUAUGGAGUUCAUAAGAAGCUUUCAGUCAGAAGCACCAUUAAAGAGAGGUAUUGUCUCAGCACAGGAUGCGUCACUUCAGGAGAGAGUGUUGGCACAGUUGCGAGCUGCCCUGUAUGGUAUUCAUGACAUAUUCUUUGUAAUGGAUGCAGCUGAGAGGAUGUCUAUUUUGCAGCAUGAUCGCGAAGUUCGCAAAGAAAAAAUGCUCAGGCAAAUGGAUAAAAUGAAAAGUCCACGUGUGGCUCUUUCAGCUGCAACACAGAAGUCUCUUGAUAGGAAGAAGUACAUGAAAGCUGCUGAAAUGGGAAUGCCAAAUAAGAAAUUUCUGGUUAAACAAAGUCCUUCUGAAACAAGAGUGCUUCAGCCAAACCAAGGACAGAAUGCACCUAUUCAUAGGCUACUUAGCAGGCAAGGAACCCCUAAGACAUCAGUGAAGGGGGUUAUCCAGAAUAGACAGAAGCCUUCCCAGAGCAGAGUGCCUAACAGAGCGCCUGUCUCAGGAGUAUAUGCAGGAAAAAUCCAAAGAAAGCGGCAAAAUGUUGCGACAAUUUGAGAAGACAACAUUCAUUAGGAUAAGGGGGGAAGAUUAUUAUCCAUAUAAUUUUCCCUACCUAAUACUUUUUAUUUAACACUGGAGUGUUUACAUAGGCAAAGUGACCGAAUCAAAGGGCUGAGCAAUGAUCUUCGUAAUUUGAUCAGUCUGAUUAGUUCCUGCCUCACUCUCCUGGUUUCCUCUUUAUAUUUGGAUGAAGCCAAAUUAGUGGUCAUGUCUAUACUUAACCUAUACAAACAUAUUUUACAUGCCCACAUGUCUACAGAAACCCUUUCUGUACACUUAAAAAGACAUCUGGCUUUAGUUUUACAAGAUACUGGAAAGAUAUAACAAAUUAUAAAUUAAGUUCUAAAACAUGAACUUCAUUCAUCUCUGCAUAUUGAUGGCUGGAGUUGAGGAACAAAUUAGAUAUGGUCCUGUUCAAAGGGAAGUCACUGCAGAUACGUCUCCCUGGUUUUGUAAAUUUAAACACUAUGCUGACUUAACACAAUAACCACAAGAUACACUCUUGGGUUGUGGGCCACGUAAAAUGUAGGCAAAAGUAGCUGUGUGUUCACUAGUUCGGUCAGAAGCACACAUUCCUGUCAAGAACACUGUCUUAAGAAAUGUUAGGAAGAAAAAAAAUAGGUGGGUGUGGUGGUGCACGCCUGUAAUCCCAGCACUUGGGAGGCUGAGGCAGGAGGA